AUGUAUAAACACUGCGUAUCAUUACAAAAGUGGUUUAUUGCAGGUGGUAGUGGAAAGCAUCAUUGGGUGGUGACAACCGACCCAGACCCAUAUUCUGUUGGAUGGAGGUGUAGUCAUUGUAUCUACACUUCAACAGACAGUUGUCUAGCUAGACGGUGCUCAGCAUCCAUGGGAAAUAUACAGAUUACAGUCAACUAUACAUUUUAUAGAGCAGAUCGAUCGAAUGAUGAGAGUAGCAACCAGCAAAAGGGUCUAUGUUCUUUUAGCAUUGAACCCAAAUAUAGUUCCACAAUUGUAAGCUAUAACCUUAGUAUCUAA